AUCGUUCUCCCUUUUGGGCGACAGUAGAUUGCAAGGAUAAUACAGGGCCGGCGCUUCAUUUAGUAUAUCAAGCGGACGAGAUAUAAUCGGAUUUGCUCUGCAAAAAGGGCACGAUAUGCGAACGGGCAAUCUUCUGUAAACAAUAAAACCGAGGAGGGCGGCUGCUGCUCCUCCCCUCGCUAAUCCUCUCCGGCGCUGCUUCCAGAGAUCUGCGGGAGGAAAGCUCGCUCUGCUCCCUCCCGGCUUGGAUUUGGGGUGGUGAUGGUGGGCGCGCGUGGCCGGGAGGCAGGAGAGAAAGGGAGGCUCCGUGGGGCGGCCGUUUCAUAGGCAGGCGCUGUCGACAUGGAGCGAUGCCGUUGCCUCCCCAGGCAGCCGAGCCGGAGGAGGGAAGGGCAGCCGGAGCUGCCGUGCCUCCCGAAGUGACUGCAGGCGGAGGAGAUCGCCGCCGGAGGAGAGGCAGGGACAAAGGACCUGGCCUCGGCUAGUCCCCCGCGGCGGGACCGGAGAUGUACCUCCUGGACAGCAGCGACCCGGCCUCCGCCCCUUCCUCCCCGGGCGCCGCGGAGCGGGGGACCCCCCAGCGGAAAACGGUCUACCGCAUCUCGGUCACCCUAGUGAAGAAGGAGCCUCUCGGCUCGGCCGCCCUGCCCCGCGAUGGCUUCCUCCCGGAGCAGCAGCAGCACGAGAGCGCCGGGGCUGCCGCCGGGCACGCUUUCCGCAGCUCGCGGGCCCUCAGCACCGGGCAGCUGGAGCUGGGCCGCCUGAAGGUGACCAGGCGAGCCGGGCUGGGCUUCAGGUGGCCGCCGGCAGAGGCGCGCGGGAAGAAGGACUCGGCGCCCGAGGGGGGUCCCCUGCGGGGCUCGCAGCAGCAGCAGGAGGAGGCCGGCCCCGCGGGGCUCCCCAAACACUCGCCCGCCGAGGAAGCGGCGUCCGGCGGCCUGGUCCCCGCGCGGCCGGCGGCGGCGGCGGCUCCGCUGCGCCGGAGCUGCAGUUUCCGGCACUGGAGCGGCGGGGAGGCGCUGCGGCUGCGCGCCUUGGCGCGGACCAAGCGCCACAGCAGCUCCGGCUGCCUCUCUCUGCCGGCCGGCGGCGCGGGAAGGUCGCUGAGCGCCGGCAGGCGCCCCCCGCGGACGGGGCCCGAGGCGGGCGGGGGCCCGAAGAGCCCGGCCGGCGAGCUGCAGGUGCUUUCGGAGCGGCUGGGGGCCUGGGAGAGUUCGGCCGGGAGCUCUUCGCCCGAGCGCCGCCUGCUGCGCUUCUUCAGCGGGGUCUUUUCGCCCUUCGGGAGCCCCCUGGGCAGGUCUCCCCGGGCCCGGGCGGGGAGCAGCAGCAGCCUCCAGAGAAGCGCCGCCGCCCGCGCGCGGUCCAGCACCGAGAGCCUCGCGGAGCCCCUGAGCAGAGAUGCCUUUGUAAAUAGCCAGGAGUGGACACUAAGUCGAUCUGUGCCAGAACUCAAAGUGGGAAUUGUGGGCAACUUAGCUAGUGGUAAAUCUGCCCUUGUACAUCGAUAUCUGACUGGGACGUAUGUCCAGGAGGAAUCACCAGAAGAUAUGGAUGCAGGUGGGAGAUUCAAGAAGGAGAUAGUAGUUGAUGGACAGAGUUACCUGCUGCUGAUUAGAGAUGAAGGUGGUCCUCCUGAGGCACAGUUUGCCACGUGGGUAGAUGCUGUUAUAUUUGUCUUCAGCCUAGAGGAUGAAAUUAGCUUCCAAACCGUGUACCACCACUAUAGCCGUAUGGCAAACUAUCGCAACACUAAUGAAAUCCCAAUGGUACUUGUGGGUACUCAGGAUGCUAUAAGUUCCAGUAAUCCUCGCGUCAUUGAUGAUGGUAGAGCGCGGAAACUGUCGAAUGAUUUGAAAAGAUCUACCUACUAUGAAACCUGUGCUACCUAUGGGCUGAAUGUGGAGAGAGUCUUUCAGGAUGUUGCACAGAAGAUUGUUGCAACAAGGAAAAAACAGCAACUUUCGAUAGGCCCUUGCAAAUCCCUACCAAACUCUCCAAGCCACUCAUCUGUAUGUUCAGUCCAGGUUUCGGCAGUACAUAUCAGCCAGACCAGCAACGGAGGAGGGAGUUUAAGUGAUUAUUCCUCCUCUGUCCCAUCUACUCCAAGCACCAGCCAGAAGGAGCUACGGAUUGAUGUUCCACCUACCACAAAUACUCCAACUCCUGUUCGUAAACAGUCCAAGCGCCGGUCCAAUCUUUUUACGUCUCGGAAAGGGAGCGACCCAGACAAAGAGAAGAAAGGAUUGGAAAGCAGAGCAGAUAGUAUUGGAAGCGGUCGUGCAAUCCCAAUUAAACAGGGCAUGCUGCUGAAGCGAAGUUGCAGAUCUUUAAAUAAAGAGUGGAAGAAGAAAUAUGUUACUCUCUCUGAUAAUGGCGUACUGACCUAUCAUCCAAGUUUACAUGAUUAUAUGCAGAAUGUUCAUGGAAAAGAAAUUGAUCUUCUGAGGACCACAGUUAAAGUCCCAGGGAAGAGGCCACCUCGAGCUACAUCAGCAUGUGUACCCAUCUCCACUCCGAAAACAAAUGGCUUGUCCAAAGACAUAAGCAGUUUACAGAUCUCACCAAAUUCAGGAAAUGUGACUACUAGUACUUCUGUGUCUCAGAUGGCAAGCGGCAUCAGUCUGGUUUCCUUCAACAGUCGCCCUGAUGGGAUGCACCAGCGUUCCUAUUCAGUCUCCAGUGCCGACCAGUGGAGUGAGGUGGCAGUUGCUGCAAACUCAGGCAUUAGUAGUGAUACCGGCUUGGGAGAUUCUGUGUGCUCCAGUCCAAGUAUAUCUAGCACCACAAGUACUAAGCCGGACCCUCCUCCUUCUCCUCAUGCAAAUAGAAAAAAGCAUCGCAGGAAGAAAAGCACAAGCAAUUUUAAAGCGGAUGGUAUCUCAGGCAGUGCCGAAGCCAAACGCAAAGCGUGGAAACUAAAUCGUGUUGGUAGCCUGCGAAAUAUAUACAGCAGCAGCAGCACCAACACUGAAGAACAAGAAGAUAAUUUUGAAUUUAUCAUUGUGUCUCUUACUGGUCAGACUUGGCACUUUGAAGCUACAACAUAUGAAGAAAGAGAUGCUUGGGUCCAAGCUAUAGAGAGUCAAAUUCUGGCCAGCCUGCAGUCAUGUGAGAGCAGCAAGAAUAAGUCCCGACUGACAAGUCAGAAUGAGGCCAUGGCCCUUCAGUCAAUAAGAAACAUCAGAGGCAAUUCUCGCUGUGUGGACUGUGGGGCACAAAAUCCUGACUGGGCAAGCUUAAAUCUGGGAGCACUCAUGUGUAUUGAAUGCUCAGGGAUACACCGAAACCUUGGCACACACGUGUCCCGUGUGCGCUCACUUGACUUGGAUGAUUGGCCUAUUGAACUCAUCAACGUAAUGUCCUCCAUUGGGAAUGAGUUAGCAAAUAGUGUGUGGGAAGAAAAUACCCAGGGACGUGCAAAACCCUCUCCAGACUCCUCAAGGGAAGAAAAAGAGCACUGGAUCCGAGCAAAAUAUGAGCAGAAGCUCUUCCUUGCUCCACUGCAGUGCUCAGAGUUUUCCUUAGGCCAGUACCUGCUAAGAGCAACUGCGGAGGAAGAUUUGCGAACAGUCAUCCUGCUUCUUGCUCAUGGAACACGAGAAGAAGUCAAUGAAACCUGUGGAGAUGGAGAUGGGCGUUCAGCCUUACAUAUAGCAUGCCGGAAAGGAAAUGUAGUGUUGGUGCAACUGUUAAUUUGGGUUUACGGUGCUGAAGGGGAGCCAGGGGGUUGCCGUCUCCUGUUCCAAAUCUCCAGCCACUGUCCUGCCCUCUGGGGAUUAUUGGGCUACUGUUUUUGGGAUGUUCCUCGUCUCCUUAAAAAAAUAUAUAUAUCCUUCACUGAUAUGAUGUAGCUGAUUUUUCACCUUUGUUGUUUCUAAGCUGUUUUAUUAUUGUAAGAGAGGUAGAAUAAGAAAUAUUGAAUGAACGGGUGAUUUUAUAAAGCAUUCAGAUUUCUUGCCAGAGCUUCGUCUUUUGUUAUGUUUUCUUCAAAUUCACAAAAGGUGUGAACAUGCUUUCCUGACAUUGACAUAGUUCUUAUCGGCUUCUCUGGAACUUAAGCACAUGUUUACAUGCUUUUGAGAUUCAAGACUUUGCUCUAGCAUCAGACCCACAAUAUAGUUCUAGGAGCUCAGUGUCCAGGCUGAACAACGGGGGUGGGGAGCAUGGUUGCAGGAUUUUUUCUAUAGAAGAUACAUUGUCCCAAAAUUUGUGGUGGUGAUUUAGCUCUCAUAGUGCAUCAAAUGUUAUUUGAUCCCUUUUUCCCAAACUACCUACAUUUCCUUUUGUAGCAUCAGUUAUGUAAUUCCUACUGGCAUGGAAGGAAGGGGAGUGGGUGAAUUCACGACUUGAGGCAGCCAAUACUUAGCCAAUGGCUGAUUUUAGUUUCUUUCUUUCUUUCUGUAAAUAAUGUAUAAAUGAUGACACAGUGUGGAAAUUUUAAAAAGUUGGGUUUUUAAAGAUUUUUUUAUUAUUACCUCAUUCAGCAAAUUUGUUUUACAAUGACUCCAUGAAACUUUAUUUAUAUUGUUUGUAUGAUUAUUAAACAUAUUGAUACAUUUCACUUUGCUUGUUGUUUCAUAUGAUCUUGUUCGAUUAAAUAUCAAUUUGUAUUAUGUUUCCCUCUCGCUUUCUCCAUCCCUUUUUAGUGUGUCAGCUGUACAGUAUUCUGAAUUUUAAAAAUGUUGUAAAGUAAUGCAAAGAGAGAGACUGCUACAUUGGAUAUGUCUCUUUCUAAUAAAUAUAAGAAAAUA